GCAUCUGACAGUGUCCCUCCCUCUUUCUCUCUCCACCUCCUCCUUCUCUCAUUAGGCUUUUCACCGGCAAAACACCGACACACUCCCUUUCCCCCCCGUAACCGGGCAGUAAACACGGAGCGGCGACAGGAACAGGAUUGACCUCUCCCGGUGCGCACCAUCCAUGGUCCUCCCUUGGAUGUCUGUCUGACAGGAGGGUUGGUGUUACUUUGCUGAAGAGACAGAGGCAGGCCCUGAGUCGGAGUUGAAGAGAGCAAGAUAGUAGUCCUCCCAGACAGCAGGGGGCAGCAGCAGGCAUGCAGGACUCAGCCUCGGACAGCAAGAUGGCCAAACAGGAACAGAAACAGAACUCCAAGCAUCUGGAUGAACACACAGAAACAGACGACAUGUCAGAGAAGACGUCCCCAAACAAGAACCUCAAAUCUCCACAGAAAGGCUCCAAACGACUUAAAACCGCCCCGUUCAAAAUGACCCUGCUGGACUCCGCCGAAUUCGAAGGAGAAAUUGAGAAACACUCCAAAGGACAGACCCUGAUGGACAUGGUGUGUGAGCACCUCAACUUGUUGGAGAAGGACUACUUUGGUCUGACCUUUGCUGACACAGACACCCAGAAGAACUGGUUGGACCCCUCCAAGGAGAUUAAGAAGCAGAUGCGCAAUGCUCCAUGGCACUUUGCCUUCUCUGUCAAGUUCUACCCUCCAGACCCCUCCCAGCUAACUGAGGAUAUUACCAGAUACUACCUGUGUCUGCAGCUGAGGGAUGACAUGCUGUCAGGUCGACUGCCAUGCUCGUUCGUUACUCACGCCCUCCUGGGCUCCUACACCGUUCAAGCAGAGCUGGGCGACUAUGACCAGGACGACCACGGCUCCGACUACAUCAGCGAUUUCCGCUUCGCCCCAAAUCAGACUCGCGAGCUGGAGGAGAGGGUGAUGGAGCUCCAUCGAAACUACAAGGGGAUGACUCCAGCAGAGGCUGAAAUUAACUUCUUGGAGAAUGCAAAGAAACUUUCCAUGUACGGGGUGGACCUCCAUCAUGCUAAGGAUUCUGAAGGGAUUGACAUAAUGUUGGGUGUCUGUGCCAACGGCCUGCUGAUUUAUCGUGAUAGACUGAGGAUCAACCGCUUUGCCUGGCCAAAGAUCCUUAAGAUCUCCUAUAAGAGGAGCAACUUCUACAUCAAGAUACGGCCUGGAGAGUAUGAGCAGUUUGAAAGUACAAUUGGUUUCAAGCUUCCUAACCACAGAGCUGCCAAGAGGCUGUGGAAGGUCUGCAUUGAGCAUCACACCUUCUUCAGGCUAGUGUCUCCAGAGCCUCCUCCCAAGGGCUUCUUGGUGAUGGGUUCAAAGUUUCGAUACAGUGGAAGGACACAGGCUCAAACCAGACAGGCCAGCGCUCUUAUAGACCGACCUGCUCCACACUUUGAGCGUUCCACCAGCAAGCGGUACCUGCUGUCCAGGAGCUUGGACGGAGCAGAGUUCUCACGGCCGAUUUCAGCCACGUGUGAGAACCAUGACGGCCUAACCCAUCGCAGCGUCAGUGAACAACGUCGCCUCCACAGCCCGUCGGUAGACGAGCAGGAGACCGAGCUGGAGCCCAGUUUAGAGCAGGAUGAGGAAGUCAAGGACCAAGAGCGGAGCGAGGAUACGGAGCAAGAAUAUGACGGCGAUGUCACGCCAAGCAGAAAGAAAGAAAUCAUGGAGGAGGCUGGGUCACCAGUUGACAGUAAACAGGAGUUGGACCAGGAGGCCACUCCUCGGCACAAACAGGAGUUUCUGGAUAAGUCGAAGGACGUCUUGCUGAAGCACCAGGCCAGCAUCAACGAGCUGAAGAGAACCCUGAAGGAGCCGAACAGCAAGCUGGCGUACCGUGAGAAACUGUCAUCCACCUCCCCAGCUGGCACACCAGAGAAGAAGGCUUCGGUGGGCCGAGCAGUGGGAAAGGACCCUGUUAACAGCCAGUCUGUUGAGGGUUUCUUCCAGAAGACUGUGGUGACUUCACCUGAGGGCUCUGAGGAGUGGGUAUUGAUUGAAAAACAAGAAACUUAUCAACAGGACCAUGACUGGAAGGCAGAAGAAAAGAACAAAUCUCUCACAUCUGAUUCCUCAUGGGAGAAAAAGGAGCUGGAAAAAGAGAUAGAUGUUACCAGGAUGAUACAUAAAGAGAUAACGGGGUAUGGCAGAAAAGAAAUGAAAAGCCAUAUUGAUGAAUUUCCAUCAACAAAAUCAUCCAGAGAGGCAGACGAAUGCUCUGAGCCACAGCCGACUAACAAAAGUCGCUUUCUGAUUCAAUUAUCUGAGAAUGCAGACUUGUUUCAAGACAAAUCUCAAAGUAAACCAUCUCAAGCCUCAGACCCUGAGGCAGAAAAUGAUGUGGCCCCGGGCUCAUGUCAGAUAAAGGAACGCAAAGCUUCUAAACCAAGGAAAAAGAGGAGACCCAAAAGCUUAAACCUGGGAAUGCCUGCCGAGCUCAUCUACUGGAAAGAAAGCAGUGAUUCUACUGAAGACGAAAAUGAGGACUCGGACAACAGUCCAGAAAAAACCUCUAAAGCAGGAAAUGAAUCAUCCCCGGUGGAGAUAACGAAAGAUGAUCAGGCAUCAGGAAAGGAUCAGUCUGUCAGGGUCUAUAAAGACCACCAACAAGAGGAUGUAUCAAAAGGAGAAAGCAGGGAGGUCUCCACUAAAGUAACAGAGCAGGUAGAGAGAAAAGUGAGCCAGUUUGGGCCAGAUGAUAUCGAUGUAGGCUCGGUAAACGGACCCGGAAAGAUAGAACAUGACAGUUUGUUAGCAGGUGGGAAAGGGGAGUGUGUGAUGAAGGUGCGAGGGAAGGGCCUUAUUGACAACAAAGAGCUAGCUGAGGUAAAACUGCGACAGGUCCGAACGCAUGAGAGGAAGAUCAGUAGUUCUGGGGGAGAGGAUAUUGAGGGUUUCAUGGGAGACAGAGGUCAGAGGACAGCUCUUCUGAGAUUGUCAGGCAGCAGCUACCAGUCAGAAAUCUCCAGGAUUGUUCCUCUCAAGCCAGAGCGGUCAAAGAGCAUAGCGUGUAAGGAUGAAAGGGACAGGACAGGACAGGACGAGCCCACACGGGUCAUCAGAAGAGAAUAUCGCUGGUCGGUCGGCUCUCCAGAGGGAUCCUCAGACCUCGCCUGGACUGACCCCACUGCCUUCCAUCCGGCAUUCGCCACAGAUCUGGAGGGUAUCACUAAAACAGAACAUCCUGAUGAUAGCUAUCAGUCUGGUAGAGGACCUACAGAGAGUCAGUCGUUUGGCUCUAAGAUUUCAGCGCUUCCCAAAAUGGCUCCCCCAGCCCCGCCAGUGAAAACACAGAAGGCCAGGGAGUCUGGACUAAUACUGCGGAACAGCCGAAAUGCCGGCAGGGAGCCGAGCCUGGACGCAGCCAAGAAGAGACACUCGGAGCCUGUCUCCACUCCUGCCAUUUAUGAAGAGCCGUUUGCUGAUUUCAAGAAGGAGCUCGGGGACAGGAGGCCUCAGCCGAGCAUAGCCUCGGAGGAGGAGCAGGAGCGGGACACGCUGGCCUGCAUGAGGGAAAGCCAUCUGGGCAUCGAGCGCAAGUGCUCCAGCAUGACGGUCAGCUCCACGUCCAGCCUGGAGGCUGAGGUCGACUUCACCGUCAUCAUGGACCUCCACUCCGGCGUGGAGGACUUCUCUAAGGGCAUGUCGGAGCUGGGAGAGAGGGAUCGACAGCCCGAGGUGGGCCGGGAGGACUUUGAGGAGACUUCCAGGUUCUACUCUGCCCGUCUAAUGGGCUCCCGGGACAAGUCUCCCAUAGAGGAGAAGCUUCCUGAGGAGGGAAGACAUCAUGAGCCUCCUGUGGCAAAGAAAGAAGCCAGUGCUGUGAGCGUGGCCCAUAUGCUGAAGAGGGGUGACACCAAGACGGAGACACAUACGAAUGGAUCGGAGAUCCACCCCAACAUCAUGAAUGUCUCACCGCAGAACUAUGGAGUCAUCAGCCCUCUGGAGGCUCCUGCAGCCCUCAAAGAAAAUGGCUCCCCUGUAAAAGCUGGAACCCAGGGGAGGGAGUCUGUUGUGUCCCCGCUGACCAUCACCGCUGAGAGCGUCACCUCAGCAACCACAACUCAAGUUACCAAGACUGUGAAAGGAGGCUACUCAGAGACCAGAAUCGAGAAACGGAUUAUAAUCACAGGAGAUGAUGAUGUGGACCAACAUCAGGCCCUCGCCAUGGCAAUCCAAGAGGCCAAGCAGCAGCACCCCGACAUGCAGGUGACAAAAGCAGUGGUUAUCAGGGAAACCGAGUCUCCCACUGAGGAGCUGCUGCACCAGCAGGCAGAGUCCUGAUUGGCCAUGGUGGCUCCUGAGACGGGGGGACAGUAGAGGAUCCUUCAGCUGUGUGUCUCCUGGCCCGCACUGCAGUACGCCACCUCCCAGAUAUGAGGACUCUCUACCCUGCCUGUGUAAACACCUACAUGAGUACAGACUGCGUUCCAUUAAGCAGUAGAACCUCCACUCUUGUCCCUUUAGACAAACCAACUGUGACUCGGCGCCUGACCCAUCCCAGCCUCCCGCCUGUCCCGGCCCAUCCCGGAGUGAUGCAAGACUGAAAGUGAAAACCGGGCAAAGCUUAUUGAAUUCACCUCUGUAACAGCCAUUUGUCUAAAACCUUACGUGUGUAUUAUUUAAUCUAAUACAUUUUCACUCCUUUGAACCCUGUGGGUCAUUUGAAUCAAUACAGUUUCAACACCCCCCCCCCAGUCCCCCAGCCCCAAUACCCUUCCCUCACAAAUGACUACUUUCACUUGUAAGGUCCCAAACAUCUGUUGAAUAUGUAAUGAAUAAGAUAUGAGAGCAGUGGAGGGUUCAGUGAAAGGAUGAGGACAGUGGUGGUGGUGGUGGUGGUGGUGGUGGGGGGAGCCGGGGAGGUUGGUGGCAAGAGGCAAGAGGCAGCCUUUUGCUUGAUGUUGCCACCUCCUGGCUGUGACACCUUCAGUAUAAUCAACAGCUGUCUUAUUAGCUUUUUACAUUUUUAUCUAUAGAGGAUCUAAUUUAUGUCCAGUGUUUGCUUGUUUAUGAAAUAUGUAUAAUAUCAGAUGAUUAUAAUCUGCAUGAUUCAAUAAAAAAAAAAACAGCAGAGGGAGUGAAAAAUAAUAAUACACAGAGAUGUCCACAUUUGAAAUCCAGAAGAAGCUCUGAGAUGAUGGGACUGAGCACCUGCAGAGAAACUGUAAACAAAACAAAAAAAUCACUGGGCCAACGAGUAAUGGACAAAUAGUGAUGUUGAUGGAGUCCACUGAAGAAGGACAGUUGUGUAACAUUUCAGUGGACAGCUGGAGCUCUGCUUGGGUACCAGUCUCCAACAUACAAAUAUUACUGUCCAUGUCCCAUUCACUGUUACCGUUUUCAUUUUGCGGUCAACUCGCCAUCUGCAUAAAGUCACAUGUUUUGGGCACAGUUAUAGGAUCUUUAGAGAUAUUUUAAUAUAAGUAAUGUUUUAUCUAAUAAGUUUAAAAAAAUGUGCUGAUAUGUUUUUAUUUGACGUUUACUCUGAAACAGAGUUUGGAUGUUAUGCUUGUGUUUUUAGACAUUUCAGUCUUCAUGUGUGAACAUGCUGAAACCUCUUAUCUUGAAGAGCUUCAUAUAUAUUUGUCCUGUCACUUUGCUCGACACUGUGUUUCACUGGAGAUCUUACAAAGUUAAUCAGAGCGCUCUCACCCACAGCUAGAAAGUAGUUGGCCAACAUCGUGAAGUUGUGAUGCCACGACAAAAAAAAAAAUGCAGUGAACUGGGGGGGCGGUCCUUUGUUUUGGUUUUGUUGUGCCUGUAAUAUCAGGCUGUAAGUAUGCUGUUCAUUCAACAUUUAAAAGUAAUUUGCGGUAUAAACAUGUUGAACCAAGCGGCUUAAAACAGCAACUUCAAAAAGCGAUUUGAAAAAAAAAGGAAAUAGAUUUUCCAGUUUUGAAUCAUAUGUGCAUGUUCACAAACACUGCCUGAAAUGUUUAACACCACAAGAUUGACAUGGAUACGUUUGUGUUUUCUGUUGGAUUAACUCUUUUAAGUUACGGUGUAUGAGUUUGUAAUUGUAUUUAUAGGAGUGGUGAAUGUGAGGCUUGUGCUUUUCCUCCCUGUUUCUCUGUCAGACAAAGCCGAGACUCCUAGUGUGACAUACAUGUCUUAUCCACAGAACCCGUUGGCUGUCACAUAACAUAUAUCCUGGAUGACUUUUAAUAAUAUAUUACUAUGCAUCACUUAUCAUACAUAUGUAAGAAUCCCUCUGAUGGAGCCUGACCCAUGUUAGCCCUGUUGCCAUCAUUGUUAACUUUGUGCUACUGUUAACCGAAGCAGUGAAGCACAUUGCUCGUGAGAUUUGCAAUAAGCAGCCAUUAUUCCUAUCUUCUGUCCUCUAAAGGGAGAAAACUGUGAACUCUCAUGUGUACCGAAACGUAACCAAAACCUAUAACACAGACUAAGUGAUACUCAAAGGAGCUUUUCCAACACUUGUGACCAUGGCUUUGUCACCCUCAUCGUCUAAUCCUCCCACCCCCUGACUUGAAACUGUCUACUUGCUGUUGAUGUGUCUGAGUUACUGGACUGGUUAUUUGUAUCUUCUAUUUUGCUCUGUUUUAUUUUCUCUGGUCGUAUGACACUGGACUGUUGUGAAGGAAUUUGCUUGCAAUGAUAGCAGCACAUACGUGUACUGUAAACUCUUAGGGAAAAAGACCUGUCUUUGCUGUAGUAUUGGACACACUACUGAUGGAAGAGAAACGACUGUAGGCAUCAGGAGACACGUGUACUGUGGGCGAGGUGGUGAGUUGAAGGAUGGAGGGCCUGUAUUUAUAUAUAAAUAUCCAUACUUCUGCAUAUUGUCCUGUAAACUAUGUAGAAAUUGACAGGAGCAGGGAUGUGUUUUUAGGUUCAAGAAAUGAGGCAGUAAGUGUAACCUGAAGGACAGCAGUGCACUUGAAGUGUCACAUGCAUGGGUGCCUUAUGUUUGGAGUUGUGGGAGCAGGAGCACAGUUAUCAGUGCUCAGCUGAAAGGGCUGUUAAUCACCACGAGGCAGAUGCAGAAACAACCUCUCCUCUCAGUCCAAGGUGAAGUGGAGCAUUCUUGAAAAUGAAUUACUGCCUUAUAAAGAAUGUUACAUUGAGUGUAUGACGAAGAAGUCUCUCUGAAUCUGGACUGUUAAAUCCUUGAGUGGAAUGAAAACAUUCAUGGGCCCCAUAUACUUAGAAAAUCAGCAUAGUUCAGAUUAUGGAUAUGAGUUUUUUUUUUCUGAAAAGAGCAUCAAAAUGCUCUGCUGUUUAGCCUCCACCUUCAAUUCUCCACUGCAUUUUGCUCUACAUUCCCCUAAUGCUUGGUGGUGUGUAUUUGCUGUAUUUGCAUUCAGUCUAAAUGGAAAACAUACACGCAUAAAUAAAUGUCUCAGUAUGAUUCAAA